AUGACUCGAAUUAAACAAGAAGAAAAUGCCAUGGAUAUGAAGAUUCCUGUUGAUAUCAUGGACCUUCCGAUCAACCAACCUCAGCAAGACGCGCCUAUCACUAUCUCCACAAGUAGCAUCAAGAGAGGAAGAAAGAGCUCUGCUUCUCCAAAGCUAGAAGCUGAAAAGGAAGAUUGUUCAUUGAAAAAGAGAGCAAAAAAUGUGGAAGAGGCAUUUGUCAGUACAGAUAAAGCAGCGGACGCAUCUGAAGAAGAAGAAAACAAAGUAAUUCCAAUGAACAAGGACAACCAUUUCUAUUGCCGUCGAUGUAAUAUCAAUAUCAAAGGCUGUAGGGAAUACUAUGGCCAUCUCAGGUCAGAACACAACAUCAAGCCCAACAUCAAUCGAGUCAGACAUGUGGAUUUGCAGCCAGACAUUGAUGAUCCUAACUUUUACUGUAGAUCGUGUGAGAGACCUCAUGCAGGUAGACAUCAGUACACUACGCAUUUGAAACGAGUACAUCAUAUGUUGCUACAACCAUUUAAAAAACCCAAAGAUAAGGGUGUUCAACCUGAUCCUUUCAGCCCCAAUCAUUACUGCACCGUCUGCAAGAAAGAAUUCAGCAAGACAGGCUUCAAGAGGCAUUUGCUGUUAGUACACAAGGUGAACCUCAAGGCUCUCCACACAUAG